AAAACACAGGGUACAUUUGAGAAUUUAGUGACAGUUCAAGUGCAAAACUGAAAGUGUCCAUUAUAAUAUUAUUCCCUCGGUCAGCAACCACUGAGAGAAAGUGAAGGAAAAAGAGUUGCAGGAACGAGUGAAGUAUUUAAUUUUCACAACCUCCAAGCCAAGCCAAUCCCCCGAUUCUUUGCUUUCUUUCCUCUGGUUCUUCACCCAGGAACCUAAAAAAAUAAGGGAAAAGAAAUCACCUAGUUGUAAGUGGAAUCAUCACCCAGCAAAUCUUAGUAGACCAACAUAAAAAAGCAAACGUAGAAUCAGCUCUAACCCACUUCAGCAAUGGCCACAUUCUCCAUUUCCAACUGCUUCACAGCCCUAACUUAUCUUAUUUUCCUCUUCAAAAUCUUAGCUGCAGACCAAGGCUCCUCUUUUUCCUUCAAAAGUUUUGGUAAAGAUCCAAAGUUUGAGUCUAAUGUUGCUUUAUUUGGGGACGCACAUGUUGCUAAUGAUGGCUCUUGGAUUCAACUUACUAACUCAGUGAGUUGGAGUGCUGGGAGAGUCAUGUAUAAGAAACCCAUCAAGCUUGUUGAAGGUAAAGUCAGGAAUUUGGCUUCUUUUUCAACUCACUUUUCCUUCUCAAUGUCCCAUGAAAAUGGUGAUGGUUUGGCUUUUGUUAUGGUUCCUAGUAGUUUUAAUGUUAAUGUAUUGGGCAAUAGUUCGUUUGGGAUUUCUCUUGGAUUGGAGAAAGGUAAAAGCGGUAUUGUUGCUGUAGAAUUUGAUACCUUAAAAGAUGCCAAGUAUGAUGAUUUGAAUGAAAACCAUGUGGGCAUUGAUGUGAGUAGUCUUGCAUCAGUUAAAGUGAGAAAUUUAUCCUCUGUCAAAUUGGUAUUAAACGAUGGAGAAAAAUUACAUUCUUGGAUUGAUUAUGAGGCAAUUUCAAAGAGACUAGAGAUUAGGUUGAGUCAAUCUAGUAGUACCAGGCCUAAUGAUCCAUUGCUUUCAUACUCUAUCGACUUGCCAAAACUAUGGAAUGGUGAGGAAGUGUUUGUGGGCUUAAGCUCUUCAAACGGGAACUCUUUGCAGACUUGCUUUAUUCACUUGUGGAGUUUUAAGCUAAGGCAGGUUCCAAUUUGGAUGCAUUCCCAACCACUUGAUCCUGAGGCUAUUGCAAAGAACCCCAAACCUCUGACAGAAGAGCGCAAGGGUAGCAAUUGUUUUUGGAGAGUGCUUGCUGUGUUCAUCUUCGGCGGUGCAUGUGGAGCAUUGACAGCUUCCUGCUUGCUAUAUCUAUGGAACAUAUUUGGUAAUAGGCGCCCGGUAGCGCCUGAAGUGUGUGGUGUGCACUCUGUGGAUUUUGAGUACAAGAAAGUCAAAGUAGUAGUAGACAAAGCUGUCAAAGACGGCAAGAAUUAGGUGUUAGAGUUGGGUUGGAUGUUUUAUGUUGUAAAUUGAUGAUCUAUUUUGUAAUUGUAGUUGCAGGUUUUGUGUGUGCUUGUAGCUGAUGACCAAUUGUGAAAAAUUUUAGCUCUAAGUUACAUGGUGUUAAUGAUGGAAGCAUUGAGAUUUACCUUCAAUAUAAAUUGCAAUGUUGCUUGUCAUAACCUUAAUUAU